AUGUCCAGCCAAGAGUAUAUCGACGCAGCUGGAAAAGAAGCGGGAGUGGAAGUCUGGCGAAUCGAGGAAUCUGAGCUGGCUCCAAUUCCUAAAAAGUUCUAUGGCACUUUCUACAAUGGUGACUCCUACGUCGUCCUUUCCACCAAAGCCCUCAAAUCCGGCGGCUUCGAGUGGGACGUCCACUUCUGGCUCGGCGAAAAGACCGAACAAGUCGAAGCCGGCGCCGCUGCUCUUUGGGCAGUAACUGUCGAUGAUGAAGUGGCUGGAGGAGCUGCUGUUCAGCAUCGAGAAGUUCAGGGCCACGAGUCAAAGGCGUUCAUUGGCUUGUUCAAAAAAGGGCUGAUUUAUGAAGAAGGCGGCGUGGCUUCGGGAUUCAAUCAUGUGGAGCCGAAUGAUUACAGCGAAAUAAACCGACUCUUGUGGGUUCGAGGCAAAAACCCUGUCCGAUGCACUCAAGUCGCCUGCUCCUGGGAGAGCCUCAACAAGUCCGAUUGCUUCAUUCUCGACAUGGGAAACGACAUUUACACCUGGUGCGGUGAGUUCUCAUCAGUUUGGGAGCGAAGCAAAGCGAACGAGAUGGCACGCGCAAUCCGCGACGAUGAACGAGGAGGCCGCGCAGAAGUGCACAUUAUCGACGCUGGCGAAGUCCGUUGUCCCGAAAAGCUCUGCCCGGUCUUGGGCGACGACAUUCCCGAUGACAUCCCCGACGAAGCGCCUGAAGAUGCUCCGGCGAAAAAAGGCGCUCCCCGAUCCGGCGCUGGAAAACUAUUCAAAGUUUCCGGCGAAGACGGAGAAGUCGACUACUCUCUUGUCGCGGAAGAAGGGCCUUACGAACAAUCUCUUUUGGAAGAUGAAAAUGUCUUCGUCCUCGCGUCUGUCGAUGGGCCAGCGAUUUAUGUCUGGAAGGGGAAGAAUUCUUCGCCGGAGGAGAGAUCAAAAGCGAUCGAUUACUGUAACCAGUACAUGGAGAAGAAUGAUUUGCCGGCGCAUACGCAGUUUGAAAUCAUGCCGCAAUUCGCUGAAAGCGCCAUGUUCAAGCAAUUUUUCGUCGACUGGCAAGAUCUCAAUGAAACCGACGGACUUGGUGAAACAUACACUGUCGGAUCUGUCGCAAAAGUCGAGCAUGAAGAAUUCGAUGCUUCGACAAUGCAUGACACGCCCGAGACCGCUGCGGAAUACGGAAUGCCCGAUGAUGGUUCUGGAGAAAAGAAAGUCUACAGAAUCGUCGACUCCGAGCGAGAAGAAGUUCCAGAGGAGAACUGGGGAAUUUUCUACUCGAAUGAGUGCUACAUCGUUUCGUACACUUAUGAAACUCCAAAGGGCAAGCCCGAGAGCUACAUUUACUACUGGCUUGGGAACAGCGCUGGUACUUCUGCUGAAACUGCCACUGCUUUCCAGGUCGUCCAACUCGACAACGAAGAAUUCGACGGCGACGCCCUCCAAGUCCGCGUCACCGAAGGAAAAGAGCCAAACCACCUGAUCGCCAUGUUCAAUGGCGGCAUGGCGAUUCUCCAACAAGGAAGCUAUUGCGAACCUGCUCCUCGAAAUGCCCUUUUCCAAAUUCGCCUCAAUCGAGCGAACCAGGUCAAGGCUUUCGAGACGGAAUUCUCCGCAGCGGCGCUGAACUCGAAUGACACUUUCUUUGCCGUCGCUGAGGGAGAUUCGGAUUAUGGCUUUGGAGGCGACUGUUUUGCUUGGUUUGGCACUGGAGCUGAUGAUAAGGAAAAAGAAGCUCUCACCGCCUUCGCAGCAAAAAUCGGCGCCGACGGAAAUAUCACUGAAAUCAACGAGGGCGAAGAAUCCGACGAAUUCUGGGACUUUCUCGGCGGCCAGGAGGAAUACUUCAAGCUCCCGAGAAAGCAAGAAAAGCCCCGGGUCCCGCGACUAUUCGAGUGCUCAAUGGCAACUGGAAAUUUUGUUGCAGAAGAGCUGCUUGGUGUUUUGCACCAAAGCGACUUGAAUCCGGCGAAUGUUAUGUUGCUCGAUGCCUGGAAUACCGUCUUUGUUUGGAUUGGACAAGAGAGUUCUGACGACGAAAAAGAGCAAACUCUAGAAGCCGCGAAACAAUAUCUUGCUACUGAUCCCGCUGGACGAAAAGGAACUCCGAUUGUCCAAGUCAAACAAGAAAAGGAACCAGUCACAUUCACCGGUUUCUUUGCCGGAUGGGACGAAGAGUUUUGGGCAAAUGCGACGAACUUUGAAUAUGAUUCAUAA